AUGGCAUUCUACCAAGCCAUGCCCUGGCACGAAGGCGAAGAGAAGAUCCACAAGCUCACACGACUCCCAUCCGCAGACAACCCUACUCACCCAAUGCUGCCUCCCAUGCUAGCCGCACGCAUCUCACGCUCUCCAACGAUUGCGCUUGGCACGAUCAACAACGAAGGUCGAGUAUGGUGCACUGUUUGGGGCGGCGAUGUUCCGAUAGCUCAGCAGGUUGCUAGAGGAGGGGUCCUGGGUAUCAGGACGCAGGUUGAUGCUAGCUUUGACCCUGUCGUGCAGGCUUUGUACGGUGGACGGACGGAUGGGGAAGUUGUGCAAAAUGAUCCUAAGGCAGGGAGGAUGGUCAGUGGGUUAAGUAUUCAUCUUGAGGAGAGGGAUCGUGUCAAGUUGUUUGGAAGGAUGUUGGCAGGGAGUUUGAGCGUGGAGGGUGCCGGCAAUGCUGAUGCUAAUGCUAGCUCUGAGGGCGAGGAGAGCCAGGAAGGGGUGAACGGGACGAGAGGCACGACAGGAAAUGCACAACUUGUCCUGCAUAUUACUCAGUCUCUAGGAAACUGUCCCAAGUAUCUCAACAAGAAGCACAUAACCUCAUACGCCACCGCCAAACCACGUCUGCUAUCAGACUCACCCAUCUUAUCUGCCGAAGCCAUAUCCCACAUUCAAUCCGCAGACACCAUCUUCAUCGCCUCAGCCGGGCCAGAAGACAUGGACUGCAAUAUCAGAGGUGGUCCUCCAGGAUUCAUCCGCAUCAUACAACAAGAAACUCAAACGCAAAGCGUACUAAUCUGGCCCGAAUACAGCGGCAACAACCUCUACCAAACACUCGGCAAUCUCACCUUAGACGCUCGAGCCGGUAUCGUCGUGCCCAACUUCCAAACAGGAACAAUACUUUACCUCAGCGGCACAACCGAAGUCCUCAUCGACGAAAGUGCAGCAUCUGUCAUCUCCAAAACACGCCUCGCGGUUCGGUUCACAGUCACAGCCGCUCGCUUCGUUGCCGACGGACUAUGUUUCCGAGGCACACUAUCCACCAGCAACAAGGACGUCAGCUCGAGCAAUCCAGCAGUAUCAAAAAACACCGCAGACGGAAUGAGCCCCUACAACCCCAGAGUCCGGUACCUGAUCUCGGAACUCGACGAACAGACCCAAAAAGACAAUCUCACCUCUUCCCUGCCGCCAAAUGAAUAUCGCAACAACACCUCAAAGAACAACGACACCGAAAGAACCGCAGCACUCGUCAAAAAGACAAAACUCACACCCACAAUCACCAAAUAUCGCUUCCGUCUCGCAUCGGACAGCGGCACUUCAACGACCCCCCUCUGGCAACCAGGCCAAUACGUCAUCCUCGACUUCUCCGAAGAGCUAUACAUGGGCUACUCACACAUGCGCGACGACGACCCAACAAGCCUCAACGACGAUUUCAUCCGGACAUUCACCGUUGCAUCCUCAUACGUCGCUGGUCGCAACGAAAUCGAGUUCGAAAUCAUCGUCCGCAACGUCGGCAGUGUCACGCGCUGGCUCAGCUGGCAGAAUGAUCGUGGGAUGCUGAGUGUUGGUGUCAAAGGGUUCGCAGGGACGUUUAGGUUUGAGGACUUGAAGGUGAGGGGAGCGGAUCGGGUCAAUGUCUUUGUUGCGGCUGGGGUGGGUAUUACGCCGUUGCUGGGACAGGUAAGGAAAGAUGAGGAAGAGGAAGCAGGCAGGCUCAUCGUGCUGUGGACCUUACAUGUCAGAGAUAUUGGAUUAGUUGCUGAAGUGCUAAAGGUCGUUUCCGGAGCUGUGAGGAUGCAGCUGUUUAUUACUGGUACGAGUGAUAUAGCUGAGACGAGUACAGAAGUACAGUUGCUCGCUGAGAUUGAGAGUAAGCUAUCGGAAGGCCGAGUUACGAUCCAACGGCGCCGGAUGGGUGAGGGUGAUUUGAUUGGGGUUGAGGCUAAGUUUGGGGUCAAAGUUGCAAAUUGGUAUCUCUGUACUACGCCUGCCAUGAGGAAGCAGGUCCAGGAAUGGUUACCUGGAAAAGUUGUCGAUUUUGAGAACUUUGAUUAUUGA